UGUUUGUGGGGCUCCAUGAGCUGUCAGACGAUUCGCGAAAUAGAAUCGAAAAAAAAAUUAAAUAAGUUUUCUUGAGCAAAAAUGGCCAAUAAAACCGAAAGUAGCCCUAGAGUCAGCACAGAAAAGGUACCCUUAGAGACUGAUGAAGGUAUAAUGGAGAGUGAAGAGCGGAAAUGGGGCAUACCUUUAAAAGACAUGUAUAAACAAGGGCUCGCCUUUUACAAAGAUAAGGAAGGAAAAGCUAUACACCUAAGCUAUGAAGACAGGUUAAAGCUUGUAGCGUACACCCAGCAAGCAGCACAUGGCACUUUGGACUUGAAUUCUGCUCCACCCUUAGGGGUUCUGGACGUGAUAGGACGGGACCGGAGGGCAGCGUGGCAUGCACUUGGCAACAUCUCUCAAGUACAAGCUAUGGCAGGCUUCUUACACACUCUAGAAAGAUUAUGCCCUUUAUUUAAACCAUACGUGGAAGCUAUACAAAAGGAUUUUGAGGCUAAGAAACAACAGGAGGAAAAGAAACAAAAAGAGGAAAAGGCAACCACAGAUCUCCAAAACAGAAUAAUAGAAGAGAAACAGAAGCAACAAAACACUAAAUUAACUGAAGAGCAGCAAGUUCAGAAAAUCAAAGAUGCUCUCAACGCCCAAACCUACGACCAGUUCUUACAAUACGCACAACAACAGUUCCCCGGUAACUUCGACCAGCAAGCCAUCCUCAUCAGGCAGCUGCAAGACCAGCACUACCAGCAGUACAUCCAGCAGCUGGCGGUGGACCAGAGGCUUGCCAACUCGAACAUAAAGACCUCGGACAGCUUGGACAAGGAUAAUGGGAAUGAUGAUAAGAAUGAGGAUAGCGGUGAUUGGGACACCUCAGAUUUGGAUAAUAAGAAUGCAUCUGUAGCAUCAGAAACCGAACCCUCUCAAAUUCGACUUGAGGACGAGGCAACAGAUCUUUUGGCGCACAAAGAAGAAACGAAAGCUGAUGAAGAAUCAGAUGAUGAUGACAUAUUCCCGCCCGUGGAAGAAGCGAACAUGUGGACGCGGGGCGAGAUAACCGUGUUCAAAGAGUCUGCCCGCUCGGGCGGCGGGCGGCUCACGGUCGGGCACGGCGAGACCGUGACCGUGCGCGUGCCCACGCACCAGCGCGCCAAGUGCCUGUGCUGGGAGUUCGCCACCGACAACUAUGACAUAGGUUUCGGUUUAUACUUCGAGUGGAGUAAAUCGCCGACAAGCGAAGUGACCGUCCACGUCUCGGAAAGCGACGACGAAGACGAUGCCGACGACGAUGGUUACGGCGAUGAAGAAUACACAGUGACGGAAGGAGGCCUGGACCCGGAGAUGGGCCCAGAGCGGCGCGCGCUCCAGCACCAAAGGCCGCCAGUCAGCAUCGUCGUGCCCAUAUUCCGCAGGGACUGUCACACUGAGGUAUACGCAGGUUCGCAUACGUACCCCGGCGAAGGAGUCUAUCUACUAAAAUUCGACAACACCUACAGCUUAUGGCGAUCGAAAACUCUUUACUACAAAGUAUACUACACGCAGUAAAAAAUAAAUUAUUUUAAUAGUACCAUGACAAAUUAUAAAAAGGAAAACGUUUAUAAAAGAUUGUUUAUAUUUUAUCAAGUUAUGAGACUUACCUACUCUAACUGCCAGUAUU